AUGUAUAUGAUUCACCUCAUUAAUUUUUUAUUAAUUUUUAUAGGGAAUACAAUUCCCCACAUAAGAAUGAGUGUGAAACACAUGGAGAAUAGGAACAAUGUGACAGAGUUUGUUCUACUGGGGCUUACAGAGAAUCCAAAGAUGCAGAAAAUUAUAUUUGUCGUGUUUUUUGUCAUCUACACCAUCACUGUGGUAGGUAAUAUGCUCAUUGUGAUCACCAUCACUGCCAGCCCAUUGUUGGGGUCCCCCAUGUACUUUUUCCUGGUCUAUCUCUCCUUUAUUGAUGCCUGUUAUUCCUCUGUCAAUACUCCCAAACUGAUUAUAGAUUCCCUCCAUGAAAAGAAGACUACCGGAUACAAUGGAUGCAUGACCCAAAUAUUUGGGGAACAUUUUUUUGGAGGUGCUGAAGGCAUCCUGCUUACUGUGAUGGCCUAUGACCUCUAUGUGGCCAUCUGCAAGCCUUUACACUACACAACCAUCAUGAGUCGGUGAGUGUGUGGCCUGCUAAUGGGAGUAGUGUGGGUGGGAGGCUUUCUUCAUGCAACCAUACAGAUCCUUUUCAUCUUCCGAUUACCCUUCUGUGGCCCUAAUGUCAUAGAUCAUUUUAUGUGUGAUCUGAACCCCUUGCUCAAUCUUGCCUGCACUGAUACCCACACACUAGGGCUCUUCGUUGCUGCCAACAGCGGUUUCAUCUGUCUGUUAAACUUCCUCCUCUUGAUGGUCUCCUAUGUGGUCAUUCUGUGCUCCCUCCGGAAUCACAGCUUGGAGGCAAAGCGCAAAGCCCUCUCCACCUGUGUCUCCCACAUCACAGUGGUCAUCCUAUUCUUUGUGCCCUGCAUAUUUGUGUACAUGAGACCCGCAGCUACUUUAUCUAUUUAUAAAGCAGUCGCAGUGUUCUACACUAUUGUAACUCCCAUGUUAAACCCCUUAAUCUACACCUUGAGAAAUGCCCAAAUGAAAAAUGCCAUUAAGAAAUUGUGUAGUAUGAAAACUAUUUCACGUGACAAAUAA